AUGCGCUCUCCCCUUAUUCUCCUUGCGAGCAUCGCGGCUGUCUCUGCUGCCGCGACGCCCAAGUCGUUCCUCUUCUCCCGCCAGACCGACUACGCCGACCUGGUGCCCGUCGGCUGUGUGGACCAAUGCCAAGUAUACGUAAAGUAUGUUGGGCUCUGCGGUGACGUCGUGGCUCCCCAGGCCGGCUCGCCAUGCAUGGAGAUUUGUAAGCCCGACGAGUGGGCCCAGGUCAUCCCCUGUGCCAUGUGUAUCGGCAAGCUGUCCGGCAUCGAUGUCUCGGACCCAGCGUACUCGGAGAUGCCUAUCGGCUGUACCAACCCCGAAGGGUAUGCGUCCAUGACGUACAUCAGUUCGCCCGAGAACACGGCGGUGCCUUCCGCAGAUAUCUUGGCCGGAGGCGGCGCUUCUUCCGGUGUCGCCGCGCCCUCAAUGGACGCCAUGUCCUUUACUGGCGCCGAUUCUAGCGCCGUCAUCGCUCCAAGCGCCGCCGCCCCGUCGAAGCCCACGUCGCCCCUUCCCCCUCGGUCUAGUACGAACCACGCCACUAGCGUCAGCGCCAGUGCGUCGGCCACCCCAAAGAGCGAGGCGGGUAAGGUUACCGUCUCGAUGGCGGUUCUCGGUGCUGCAGUCCUCUUCGCCUCGACUUUCUAG